UCUCGGCUGUCCGGACUAUAAAUAUCUUUAAUUUUAAAAAUGACUGAAACGUUGUCUAGCGACUUAGUUCGCAAAAUCACUCAAAAUGUUACUGUGCCGCUUGUGUUCAGAAAUUUUACAUCAGACUGGCCAUUAUGCCGGUGGGACAUGGAAAAAUGGUGUUCAGCUUUUGGGAAUAAAGAAGUACCGUUUAGGUGUUUAAGGAAACAUCUGGUGUCCGACGAGCCCUGCUGGGAGAGGAAAUGUGAAGUGAAAUCUAUGACUUUCAAGGAAUUCAUUACCAAGUCUCCUACUAGUGAACAAUGGAUGUAUUUCGAUUAUAAACAUUUACCCCAGUGGUUUGACGAACACGCAGAGUUUCUUAAGGAAGUAUCCUGGCAGAAGUUUGGCUAUCCUGACAAGGGAGCCGCGGACUCAACUCUGUGGGUUGGCAGCAGUGGGGCGCACACCCCGGCACACCAGGACACUUACGGAUACAAUAUUGUAGCUCAACUGUAUGGAAAAAAGCGCUGGAUUCUCUUCCCCCCAGAAUCGGGAGGUAUGAAGCCCACAAGAGUGCCCUACGAGGAGUCUAGUAUCUACAGUGAACUAAAUUUUUACUGCCCAAACAAUAUGGAAGCCUUUAAUGGGUUGAGUAGAGGCCGCACGGUGGAGCUGUGCGCGGGCGACGCGCUGGUCGUGCCGCGCGGCUGGUGGCACUACGUCCAGAACGUCGACAGUGUGAACAUCUCGCUCAACAUGUGGCUGCCGCACGAGAAAGACAAUUCAUCCCGAGUGUCGGAAGCUCUCACCAAGAUAAUGGUCGCCCAGGUGUGUAAAGACCUCCCCCAAGACACGGCCAAGCUGCUUGUCAACCCUAACGAGGAUGACUUAUCAGACACCCCCCUAGCGGUGCUGUUUCUCCAACUAGAAUCCGUGACCAAAUCGUAUCUGGACAGUCGUCGCAAGCUCCGACGCAUCAAGCGACAGCGCACGUGCGAUGACGAAGCAAACCCUCGGGACAUCGAAACCUUCGACCUACAAGCUGUACUUAAAGACCACAAAAACUUGGAGGAACCCCCCACUAUAACCGCCGAGGAACUUAUAGAAAUAUUAAAAAGGAAUGUACGAGAGUUUGCGAACACGGGAGUUUCUUUUGAUGAGGAUGAGAUAGAUGGGACGAGGAGUCUUUGUUUGACGAAGGCGGUUAUAGAUGCGUUCAGCGAUAGUAAUGUUAUUGAGUUAGUGAAGCAGAAUCUCGUUUCUCGACUGAAAUGAU